AAAAAAUUGUAUAAUACUCACUCCCAUAAGAUUGGGUUUUUCCCACCGGAAGCUGCACGUGCUUUUGUUUGUAAACAAAUUCUCCCCUUCUAGCAGUACUGAGAUAUUCUUUGAUCAUCGUGUUGCUGUACAUUGUGAGAUAAUCAUGGGUAAAAACAAAGGUCGAGACACGAAACAGAAAAGUCGGAUUGAAAAAGCGUUUGUUGUAAAUACCAUGAAGAAAGGAAAAACGAAAACAGUUUCUACCAAUCUCAAAAAGCUGAAUUUACAAUCAAAGGCAAAAACUGCGAAAGCCGAUGAGAAGUUCAAUUCAUUAAAAGAAGUCGUAAUCGAUUCAUCAAAAACAGCUGCAAAGAAACAGCCGAAACAGGUUAAAAAAUCAGUGCCUUCAUCACCAAAAGAACCCGUUGACAUGGAUACAACUACAGAAAGCUUCUCCAAGUUAUGAUAAAACAUUUU